CAAUAACAAUCUUCACCAUGCCGUACGAAGGACACUGCAUGUGCAACAACAUCAAGGUGACUCUGGCUGAACAACCAGCAAACACACUGCGAUGCCACUGUCGCAAUUGUGCUAGAUCCGGUGGUGGAUCAUCCCUCAACUACACAGUUGAUGAACCCGAUGUCACCAUUGACGAUCCACAGUCACUCUUAAAAGACUAUGAGGAUAAUGAUACCACUAGCGGAAAUUGUGCUCUGCGGCAAUUUUGUAGUAAUUGUGGAUGCCCCGUCGUUGCCCGGAGCCAAUUCCCCGGAAAGACUCUAGUCAAAGCUUCUUUGUUCGAUGAUAUCUCUCGCCCUGUCAAAGAAGUUUAUACACACAGGAAGCAAGAAUGGUUGCAAGCUAUUGAGGGGGCGGAACAGGAUUGAGUAUGUAUGAUAGGUUUGGGAUAAUGUAGGUGCAUAGCGAACGACGCACCUAACCACCACCAUGAUAUUAUUCACGACUGUAGUUUGCCACAACACAGAAAAUCAAUUAAGUCUAGUCAG